AAAUCUAAAAUUGUUGCACCUAAAAUUAUUAUUUUUAAUAUUUUUGUCCCAUGAACUGCUUUUAAAAAUCUUAAGUAUAUUGUUUACCAAACAAUCAACUAAUUUUCUCCAGGAUUUUAUCGCAAUUUAUUUUUAUCUCACGACCAGAUAUCAAGAUAUUGGAGAUCCAACUUGUAAAUGCCCAUUUUGUCAUGCAAUUUUGUGGUAUGAAGAACGUGCUAAGAAAAGUGAGAAACCGAAAAAUCCAUUGUUUUCUCUUUGUUGUGAAAGGGGAAAAGUGCAGUUACUAUUGCUUCGGCCGCCACCUCCACCACUGAGAAAUCUACUCACAUGUCAAGAUCAGCGGAGCCAUAAGUUCCUUGAUAAUAUUCGAGCGUAUAAUAGCAUCUUCAGCUUCACAUCAAUUGGAGGACAAGUUGAUAAAUCCAUCAACAAUGGCAAUGCACCUUAUGUUUUCAAGCUAAAAGGGGCUAACUACCAUAAAAUAGGGAGUUUACUGCCAGUAUCUGGGGCUGCACCCAAGUUUUCUCAGUUGUAUAUAUACGACACUGAAAAUGAGGUGGACAACAGAAUAAAUGCUAUGAGUUCUCGAUCUAGAAGCAACCAAUGCAAUCUAGACGCUGAAGUAAUCUACGAUAUAAUGAGGAUGCUUGAUGGACACAACCCCUUGGUUAAGUCCUUUAGAUUUGUCAGGGAUCAUUUCAAAUCCGGUUGUUCCGACAAUCUUAAACUCAGGCUUAUUGGUGGAAGAGAAACUGAUGGUAGAGUUUAUAAUCUCCCUACAGUCCACGAAGUAGCAGCUCUCAUUGUUGGUGAUUUUGACGAGUCCUUUCAGCGUCGAGAUAUCAUUAUUGAGACACAUUCUGGAAAAUUAAAAAGAAUAGAUGAGUUGCAUCCGUCAUAUCUUCCUCUACAAUAUCCAUUGUUAUUUCCAUAUGGAGAAGAUGGAUUCAGAGUUGGGAUUAGUCAUAGUGAAGCUUCCAUCAUCAAUGCAAAGAAAAGAGACAAAGUAACUCAGCGGGAGUUCUUUGCAUUUCGUAUACAAGAACGAGAUAAUGAGUGGAACUCACUUCUAUAUGGUCGGCGUUUAUUUCAACAAUUCUUGGUGGAUGGAUACACUAUGGUUGAAUUUUCCAGGCUCAAUUACAUUCGUUUUAAUCAACCUUCUCUGAGAUCUGAAAAGUUUAACAAACUACAAGAUGCUAUCUCAAGAGGUGAAACAGAUUCAUCUAGUGUUGGUCAGAGAAUAUUUAUGCCGAAAUCUUUUACGGGAGGUGACAGGUAUAUGAGCCAGAACUAUCAUGAUGCUAUGGCACUUUGCAAGUGGUUUGGUUAUCCAGAUUUAUUUAUUACAAUGACUUGCAAUCCUAAGUGGCCAGAAAUUACAAGAUUUCUCACCGUCCGAGGUUUGAGGCCUGAAGAUAGACCGGACAUUGUUUGUCGGGUGUUCAAGAUUAAGCUUGAUCAGCUGAUUAAGGACAUUAAAGACAACGAAAUUUUUGGCAAAACUCGAGCAG